AUGUCCGCCCUCUCUUUCUCCGCCGCCGUCGCCGCGCGCCCCGCCCUCGUCGGCGACAAGACCCGCGCAUCCUCCCGGGUGAACAAGGAGACCCGCGCCAUCGGCGGGUUCGGUCCCAACAUGCCCGCGGACGAGUACAGGAAGAAGAUGGAGGCCAAGAAGAAGCUCAUCGAGGAGAACAAGAAGAAGGCCGCCGCGAAGAAGGCUGGCGGCAAGCCCGCGGCUAAGGGAGCCAAGGGCGCCGCUGCUAAGCCCGAGAAGAAGGGAUUCUUCGGCUUCGGCAAGUAA